AUGGCUAGUGAGACAACUGACCGACAGACGGACAGUAGAGACCCCACAACUUUGGGAGAUGAUUUUGUUUUUCCGUUUUCAACUAAUCGACAAUUACCAGACACAGAUGGGAUAUACAUUGAGGGAAGAAUUAAUGGAAUAGUUGUUCAUUUUACAGCUGAUACUGGUGCAUCUACCAGUAUUUUGUCAUACAAAUUGUAUAAAGAAAUUUCAGAAGACAACAGGCCGAUGUUGACCGGAAGUUCAGCGUUAAAGGGAGCGGGUGGAUCUUUAAUACAUGUCUAUGGAAAUGGCAUUUUUAAACUGGAGUUAGGACCAGUUAAACUGACAAGGAAACUACUUGUAGCUGAUAUAGAAGAUGAUGUUCUCUUAGGAAUAGAUAUUUUGAUGGACGAAAAGGAUGGUAGAGCUGAUAUUUUACUUUCAAAGGGUGUUAUACAGUUGCAAGGUCACUGUAUUCCAUGUAUUACUGCUAGAGAACAGAAUGUGGGAUGCAUUCUGAGGUCAGCAGAUGAAUUUACCAUCCCACCAAUGAGUGAAGCAAUUAUUCCUGCAUCUAUUGAGAGAAUUGUUAACAAAAGUCCUGAGAAUGAAAAUCUAUUGCUAGAACCUUCGCCUACUUUUUCUGAGAAAUUAUCAUUGCUAUUGGCGCCAGCAAUGAUAAACAUCGCAAAGAGGAUUACUGUUCCUGUCCGGGUUAUGAAUCCUUUCAAGGAGUCCAAGACAGUUUAUCAAGAUACAGUUCUGGGAACUGGCGAAGCUGUUGAAGAGGUCAUGACCCUAGUGGAUGAUGUAUCCAAGAGUGGUGUUAGAAAAGUAGCUGAGAGUAAUGUUACAGGAGAUAAUAAACUCCCUACAAUUAACGAAAUCAAGGUUCCAGAGCACUUAAAGGGAACAUCUCAUGUUUUCAAACGAGUCAUGGAACUGGCCUUACGUGGACUUCAAUGGGAAACUUGUUUAAUAUAUUUAGAUGAUAUCAUCAUCUUCAGCAGAACUUUUGAUGAACAUGUCGAUCGAGUUAAACAAGUGUUGGAGAGGCUUAGAGAGGCUAGACUGAAACUUAAACCAGAGAAGUGUGAAUUGUUUCAACCUGAGGUUGAAUAUAGACAAGGAACAAAACAUGGAAACGCAGAUAGUUUAUCUAGAUGUCCUAAUCCAAGAGACUGCACUUGUUCAUCAGCAGAUAAUAUGGAGAUACUCAAAUGUGGACCAUGUAAAAAGUGCCGAUUGAGAGCAGAAAAACUAGCUUCCAUAUCUUUGUCUCCUGAACAAUCAGAGGUUGUUGCAAGGAAGGUCACUACAAGACAAAAACAUCAAAAAACUGCAUUAUCAGACUGUACUAUCUGUCAAUAUUCUUCUGCAGCUCUGCAAACUGCUCAACUUAAAGAUCCUGAUAUUUCUCCAGUCCUACAAUGGAAAGUAAAGAAUGAAAGACCCAAGAAAGAAGAUGCAACUUGUUUCUCAACUACUACAAGACAUUAUCUGAGUUUAUGGGAUCAGUUAGUGGUCAAAAAUGAUGUUUUGUACAAAUGUAUUACUACAACACUUGGUGAAAUCAUGGAACAGUUAAUAGUUCCGAAAUGCAUGAAGAAAGAAAUUCUUAACAUGUGCCAUUGCUCACUAUUGUCCGGCCAUUUAGGCAUAAAGAAGACCAAAUUUAGAGUCACUAGGCAUUUUUAUUGGUUUGAAAUGAAAGAGGAAGUCAGGAUAUUUAUAAAAUCAUGUGAAAACUGUUCCAUGAACAAACCUCCAAUACAGAAACCCAAAGCUCUUCUUGGAAAGAUGUCAUAUGGUGCUCCUUGGGAAUGUUUUGCCACUGACUUUAUUGGCCCAUUACCUGUUACAAAUAGAGGAAAUCGUUAUAUACUUGUUGUAAUGGAUUAUUUUACUAAAUGGGCAGAAGCAUUUCCUGUUCCUGACCAAACUGCUGUAGCUACAGCAAACGUCCUAUUGAAUGAAAUCACUAGAUAUGGAUGUCCUCUGAUUAUUCAUUCAAAUCAAGGUCGUAAUUAUGAAUCGUGUAUAUUCAAAGAGCUGUGUUCUUUGCUGCAUAUAAAGAAAACUAGAACAACUGCACGUAAUCCUAAAUGUAAUGGGAUGGUUGAGAGAUUCAAUCGUACUCUUAUUCGAAUGAUUAAAGCUUUCAUAGUAGAUGACCAUGAAGAGUGGGAUUUUCAUCUCAACUGCCUUACAUCAGCCUACCGAUCAACUUGUCAUGAAUCGACGAGUCUUACCCCAAACUUAUUGAUCUUUGGUCGAGAGAUCCAAAUGCCAUAUGAGGCUUCACAUCAUUCUUUAGCUUCCAAUGGAGAAGAAAUUUCCUCUUAUGGAGAUUUUGUUGAAGAAAUAAGGUCUAAACUUUACCAUGCUCAUGAAAUUGCCAGGAAACACUUGUACAAAUCUACAAAACGACAAAGAGACAUCUACAAUUCAAAAGUACUGAUUCAUAAAUAUGCAGCUGGAGAUAUUGUGUGGUUACUAAAUGAAAAGGUCAAGGAUGGUGAAUGUCCAAAAUUAAGAAAAGCUUACGCAGGACCCUUUGUAGUACUGAAAGUUUUCAGUGACCUAGUAUUGGAGAUUCAAUUGGACGUUUGUGGCGAGUGUAAAAUUGUCAAUCAUAACAAGCUACUUCCCUACAAUGGAUGUAUGCCACCAAAGUGGGCACCGAAGUUGUCAGAGAAAUUGAAAAACAAGACAUAA